UUGACGCACACUUUUCUGACACCGUUCUCCUGUUUUUUGCACAACAUUUGCGAGGAAGAAAAACUGUUAGUGAUUGCGAUUAUUUUAUCAUACUUUUUUCAAGUGUAUUCUGAAGUGUUUUCGUGAUAGUGAAAAAAGAAGUCAGAAGUAAAGUGAUAUUUUUCGAAGGAAUUUCAAGAAUCGAUCACUGAAUUUCGGAACGAAAAACUGAUAAUUUGUGAAGUUUUUAAACAUUUUGAUUGGAAAAUAACAUUUUUGCAAAAAAAAGAGCAAAGAUGUCGAUUCACGAGCACGAUGAGGAUAUUGAUGUGGUUUCAAGCCCUGAGCCAUCGCCACGACACUCGAAUGAAUCUCGAGAGCGUUUAACAUCAACACCAAUUCAGAGUCGAUCGCCCGCUUUUGACCGAAGUGCAAGCGAACGAGCCAGUGUUAGUCCAGCCAAAACCGAAUCAACAUCAUCCGAUCAAGGGAGAACGAAUGCUGGCUUCACGAGCUUCUCCAUUAGCAGUAUUUUAAGUCGAUCGGAAAACAAAAAAGAUGAAUUGAUCAACACGCCAUUCCUACCAAAUGCACAAUUGACCGAUCCAAGCUCGCUUCAAGAUGCCGCCAUGAUUUCACGAUUGGGUUUCAUAUCGCAAUGGGGAGCGUUAGCCGCUUUGUAUCCAUCGCAAUGGUCGUCUUGGUCGACACAACAUCAGCAAUACCACCGAAUGCCAUUCCACAGUCCGACAAACGAGCUUAGGUCGCCCGAUAAGCACUCACCGUCCAUAACUAGUUCACCGAAAACGGCCACCACUACCUCAUCACCAAGCCAACACUUGAACUCAUCGCAUGAGUCAGACGAUGAAGUCAACGAAUCAAUCGAAGAGGACGAUGAUGAUGAAUCCAUGGAACGAUCGACCGAUGGCAACAAUCAAAUGAUGCACUGCAAACGCAACAAAAAGACAAGAACUGUUUUUUCGCGUGCACAAGUCUUUCAACUCGAAUCGACUUUUGAUAUGAAGAAAUACUUGAGUUCAUCUGAGCGUGCCGGAUUGGCAGCCUCAUUGCGAUUGACCGAAACGCAGGUGAAAAUUUGGUUCCAAAAUCGUCGAAACAAAUGGAAGAAAAUCAUUGCGGCCGAUUUGGAGGCAGCCAAUAUGGCAAAUAUGGCGCAUGCCGCACAACGAUUUGUUCGAGUACCUGUUCUGUACCAUGAAGGAAAUCCAAAUCCCAGUUUUAUGCCCUCAUCACAACAGCAUCCAAAUGCCAUGCCUUUCUAUUAUCCACGACCCACAACCAGUCCACAACGAACAUCACUUCCGUCACUAGUUUGAACUGAGUUUUGUAUUUCCGGUUCAAACAUGUCCAAAUCCAUAUAGUACAACAAGCGAUGAGCAAUGACUUUAUUAAGUGUAAAAAAAUGAUACCGAAUUACAUAAAAUGUACAUAGUUUAGACAGUAGCAGAAAUUCAAUUAUAGAAAUCGGCACCUUCGCAGGAAAAAAAAGAAAACAAAAUCAAAAAUGUGCAGGUUUUUUUGUGUUUAAGUAGCACACAUUGGCAAUGUUUUUUUUAUUGAAUUCGUUUAAAUAAAUGUGGUCUUAAACAUUUUUCGGAACUUAAAAUGAUUUAAUCGAGAUUUUUAAACUCUAAACACUUAAUAUUUUACUAAUUCUGAAACAUUUUUUUUUAAAUUUCAUUUUCUUUACACUAUUAGAAUGAAUGUGAAUGGAAUAGCCAAUUAAAUAAAAUAUUUGUCAUUAA